GGUGGAGUAUCAAGUCCAACUCUACUAUUUCAUUAAAAAUUCUGCACAAUCGGUAGAAAGGGUUGGCAAAAGUGUAUAAAACACUCGGCCCUGAAAAGAAAACAAAAUUAAUUAAAAUACUUUGGAUAUAACUUGAAUCGUGUCGUAUUAAAUUCAGAUAUUUUAAUAUAGUAAAAGAAAAGUUUUAAAGCGAUUAUGCAAGCUAUAAAGUGUGUUGUUGUCGGAGAUGGAGCUGUUGGAAAGACCUGUUUGCUCAUUAGUUACACAACGAAUGCUUUUCCUGGAGAAUAUAUUCCUACUGUCUUCGAUAAUUAUUCUGCAAAUGUUAUGGUUGAUGGUAAACCUAUCAACUUAGGACUGUGGGAUACAGCAGGUCAAGAAGAUUACGACAGACUGAGACCUCUCUCUUAUCCCCAAACUGACGUCUUUUUGAUAUGUUUUUCAUUGACAAGUCCGGCAUCGUACGAAAAUGUCCGUGCCAAAUGGUACCCCGAAGUGAGCCAUCAUUGUCCAAACACUCCCAUUGUUUUGGUUGGGACCAAACUUGAUCUUCGCGACGAUAAAGAAACCAUAGAAAAAUUAAAAGAAAAGAAGCUCGCGCCAAUUACAACCGCACAAGGUUUACAGAUGGGCAAAGAAAUAGGCUCAGUAAAAUAUUUAGAAUGCUCUGCUUUGACGCAGAAAGGACUAAAACAAGUGUUUGAUGAAGCCAUCCGAGCUGUAUUAUGUCCUAAAAAGCCGGUGAAGAAAAAGAAGAAUUGUGACGUGUUCUUAAUGUGCUUUUCAUUGACAAGUCCGGCAUCAUACGAAAACGUCCGAGCAAAAUGGUACCCUGAAGUGAGCCAUCAUUGUCCGAAUACCCCGAUUUUAUUAGUUGGAACAAAACUAGAUCUUCGGGAUGAUAAAGAGACAGUCGAUAAACUGAAAGAAAAAAAACUAGCUCCGAUCACAAUAGCUCAAGGAUUACAGAUGCAGAAAGAAAUACACGCUGUCAAAUAUUUGGAAUGUUCCGCUUUGAGUCAAAAAGGUUUAAAACAGGUCUUUGAUGAAGCUAUUCGCGCAGUUUUAUGUCCGCCCAAAGUACAGAAAAAGAAGAAAGCUUGCACCGUAUUGUAAAAUGGAAUUAUUUCAACAUGAGACUCUAUGCUGUUAGAAAAAGUUUCUCACUGCAUAUCCUAAAUACCUAUUUUUUUGUUUCGCUUUUUUUCACGACAGAAUACUACGAUUUUAUUUUUGAAAUAAUUUUUUAUUUUCUUGACUUACUUUAUCUUUUAAUUUUUCAGCCCUUUCAAUUAUUUUUUGACCUCGUACAUAUAGUUUUGCUUUAUAUACCUGACUACUAUAAUUACAGUGGCCUGAAGGGCCAUAAAGGUUUGGUGGAAGCUAUCUUCGUAGGUAUUUGGGAGCUUUUUAUAUCAAUAUCCUAAAUCACUCUUACAAAAGAUUUUUAUGUUUUCACACGUGACACUUAUUUGAUGCUUAAUUUCUCUUUUCAAAGUUGCUAACUAAAAAAACGCGUAGAACCGUUUCUUUUUUCAUGAAAAACCUAAGAAAUCUUGGGAACCAAUGGAAAGAAUUACUUCUUAAUUGACUAGUUAAUUCUGAUGUAAAAUAUUGCAUAUUUAUAGAAGUUGUUUUGUAAUACUUCAGUGUUCGUUAUUUCUUGUUUUGCUCUUGUUUUACUUAUUACAAAUUUACAUGCAACGUCCUCA